GAGAGAGAGUGAUGGGCGAUGGAAGAGAAGGCGAGAAGUUUUCGAUCUGAUAGGUUUAUUGGAGUCGAACUUCUGGAGGUAGUAGAAACAAUGCGUGUAGAGGCACCACAAUUUUAGGUCAUAGUACUUGGCCAGUUUUGCUAUUUCCGUACAACCUUCCUCCAUGGAUGUGCAUGAAAGAGCCUUACAUCUUCUUAUCUUUACUCAUACCAGGACCGAAGAGUCCUGGCAAUGAUAUUGAUGUUUACCUGAGACCGUUGAUCGAUGAGUUGAACACUUUGUGGGAAUAUGGUGCAGAAACGUAUGACAUUUCUACAAAACAAAAUUUUCAGAUGAGAGCUGCGGUCAUGUGGACAAUCAAUGAUUUUCCUGCAUAUGGUUACAUGUCUGGUUGGAGUACACAGGGAAAAUUGGCAUGUCCAUGUUGUGCGUCAGAGACUUCUAGUCGUAGAUUACAACACGGGUCAAAACAAUGUUAUAUGAGGCACCGUCGAUUUUUAGCACCAGAUCAUGAAUGGCGUAAACAACGGGAACCUUUUGAUAAUACAAGGGAAGAGAAAUGUGCACCAAGAAGACAAUCUGGUGAGGAAAUUGUAGAUGAACUUCAGGGUUUGAAGACAGUUGCACAUGGAAAGAAUAAGAAAACCCAAAUUAUCCCUGGAUUUGGAACGACUCACAAUUGGAAAAAGAGUAGUCUAUUUUUCCAAUUGCCUUACUGGAAGACACUAUUGUUGCGCCAUAAUUUGGAUGUGAUGCAUAUCGAAAAAAAUAUUUUCGAUAACGUGAUUGGCACAAUAAUGAACAUUGAUGGUAAAACAAAAGAUUCUUUAAAUGCUCGUCUUGAUCUCCAAGCUAUGGAUAUAAGGAAAGCUUACUGGCCUAGAGAGGAGGAUGGCAAACUAGUUUAUGAUCCGGCACCUUUUGAAUUGUCAGCAGUUGAUAUCAAAGCUAUAUGUGAAUGGUUACUGAACUUGAAAGUUCCUGAUGGAUAUUGUUCAAAUGUAUCUCGUUGGAUCAAUGCUAAACGACGCAGUAUUUCUGGCAUGAAGAGUCAUGAUUGCCAUGUUUUCUUAGAGAGACUACUUCCGCUUGUGGUGCGAGAGUUACUGCCCAAAAAACCUUGUGAAGCAUUGAUUGAGCUUUCUUACUUUUUUAGAGAAUUGUGUGCUAAAGUACUGAGGGUCUCGGAUUUGGAACUUCUGGAAAAUAAAAUUGCCAUAACUCUAUGCAAGUUGGAAAUGAUAUUUCCUCCUGCAUUUUUUGACAUCAUGGUUCAUUUGUCAAUUCACUUGGCGUGGGAAGCAAAAGUAUGUGGGCCUGUGCAGUAUAGAUGGAUGUAUCCCAUUGAAAGGUACUUGCAUAAGUUAAAUACUUAUGUUCGUAAUAAAGCCUGUCCAGAAGGUUCUAUUGCCGAAGGUUAUUUGGCAGAAGAGUGUAUUACAUUUUGUUCACGAUAUUUACGUCAAGUUGAGACUAAAUUUAACCGAGUAGAAAGAAACUAUGAUGGAGGUCAACCAUUGCAAGACAAGACUCAAUUAUCUAUCUUCUCACUUCCGGGUAAAACUAUUGGCACAGGUGUAUUGACAGUAAUGACUGAAGAGCUUCAUCAUGCUGCCACCCAUUAUGUCCUGACAAAUUGUGAUGAGUGUUUGCCUUUUAUUGAAGAACAUAAGGACAUUCUUCGUAUACAACAUGGUGAUGAUCGGGUGGAUGAGUUGCACAAAAAAAAUUUUGUGGAAUGGUUUUCUAAGAAGAUCCAACAAUUGUAUGUAGAUGGAAAAGUGAGCGCUCAAAUGCGUUCUUUGGCCCAAAGUCCUGGAAAGCAAGCUGUCUACUACAAAGGUUACAAUAUCCAUGGAUUUCGGUUCCAUACUGUACAACAUGACGUGACGAAGAAAACACAAAAUAGCGGAGUUAUGGUCAAAGGAGAGAACCAAAUUAAUUGUGUGCCUUGGUAUGGAACCCUUACAGACGUCGUUGAGCUCUGGUAUACAGGUCACAAUAAAGUUGUCUUGUUUCACUGUAAUUGGUUUGACACAGCUACCAAAGGCAAAGGUUAUAAGGAAGAUCGUUAUGGCAUACUAAGUGUCAACAAUAAGGGUAAGUUGAACACCCAAGAGCCAUUUGUGCUGGCAUCCCAAGCAACCCAGGUUUAUUAUGUUGAAGGAAUAAAAAACAGUGCUUGGAGUGUCGUGGUGGAAACCAAACCCAGAAACGUUUUUGAAAUGCCUACUAAUGAAGAGGAACCGUAUCAAGAAGAAGAAUCUCAGACGAGUCACACAUAUGCAAACCGUAACGAGGAAGAAGAUAAUGAAGAAUGAGUACUGUCCAUUUGGCAAGGUUGAAGUCUAGACAUCUGAAAUCAAUUGGCAAAAUUUAGGCCUAUUAAUGUGCAUUGUAAUGUAUAUGUUGGUGUUCACAUAAAUUUGAAUUGUAUCUCUUUGUUGUUUUGUGUUCCUUGGGAGUGGUUUUGGUCUAGUCCCCCUUCCCUUUUGUAUUUUUUUUUUAUCAAUAAAAUUUCGAAU